CGUGGCUGUCGGGUUUCGAACCCCUGGGCCACCCUCGCCCUCGGCGCGCGCGCCGCCGCGCCGCCGACCAGCCUUCGGCCCCCGCAUCAAUCAUUAACCGGGCGGCCCAAGGAGGGGGAUGGUACGGAACUCGAGAGCCGGGACAACUCUAUCCCCCGAGGCGGCCGCGAAACCCUAGCCUGGGAGGCCCCCGCCCUUGCUCGCUGCGCCCGUCCCUCCCUCCGCGCCUCGGCUCGCACAUCCCCGCCUCCCGCUCCGGGGGCGGCGGCGGAGGCACCCGCACCGCGCGAUGCCCAGUCACCGCCGCCGCAGUCAGCCGCGCCGCCGCCGCCUCAGCCGCCGCUGCCGCAGCGCGGGCGGCCGCGCGCCGAUAGCAGUGGCUUGGCGAGGAAGCCGCCGAGCCCCGCGCGCUCAGCGCUUCUGCCGGUCGCCGCGCUGCCUAUUAAUUGAGUCUCUCAUUGAUUUAUUUAAUUUUUAGGAGCGGCUGCUCGGAGGCACGGGUCUUCUCUUAAACCCGCAGCGACGCCCCCGGCGCGGGCACAAAGGCUCCGACGGCGGCCGGCGGGGGCUGCCCAGGGCCUGGGAGCCAGCGCCAGAGGUCGCCUGCGCGCGCCCUAGCCGAGCCCCGGGCACCAUGCCGCGGCGCCUGCAGCCCCGGGGCGCGGGCACCAAGGGCCCUCCGGCCGCAGCCCCGACCCCAGCAGCUUCGGGGCCCGCCCGGCACUCCCACUCAGCCGCCUCCGGGGACCCCCCAGCGUCCGCCAAGCCGCUGCUGCGGUGGGACGAGGUGCCCGACGACUUCGUGGAGUGCUUCAUCCUGUCGGGCUACCGGCGUCUGCCGUGCACGGCCCAGGAGUGCCUAGCCUCGGUGCUGAAGCCUACCAACGAGACGCUCAACUUCUGGACGCACUUCAUCCCGCUGCUGCUGUUCCUGAGCAAGUUCUGCCGUCUGUUCUUCCUGAGCGGCGGCGACGUGCCCUUCCACCACCCGUGGCUGCUGCCGCUGUGGUGCUACGCGUCAGGAGUGCUGCUCACCUUCGCCAUGAGCUGCACGGCGCACGUGUUCAGCUGCCUGUCGCUGCGCCUGCGCGCUGCCUUCUUCUAUCUGGACUACGCGUCCAUCAGCUACUACGGCUUCGGCAGCACCGUGGCCUACUACUACUACCUGCUGCCCGGCCUCAGCUUGCUGGAUGCCAGAGUCAUGACCCCAUACGUGCAGCAGCGCCUGGGCUGGCACGUAGACUGCACGCGCCUUAUCGCCGCCUACCGCGCCCUGGUGCUGCCCGUGGCCUUCGUGCUGGCGGUGGCCUGCACUGUGGCCUGCUGCAAGAGCCGCACCGACUGGUGUACUUACCCGUUUGCGUUGCGCACUUUCGUCUUCGUCAUGCCUCUCAGCAUGGCCUGCCCCAUUAUGCUCGAGAGCUGGCUCUUCGACCUGCGUGGGGAGAACCCCACGCUCUUCGUGCACUUCUACCGCCGCUACUUCUGGCUGGUGGUGGCCGCCUUCUUCAACGUGAGCAAGAUCCCCGAGCGCAUCCAGCCGGGUCUCUUCGACAUCAUCGGCCACAGCCACCAGCUUUUCCACAUCUUCACCUUCCUCAGCAUCUACGACCAGGUGUACUACGUAGAAGAGGGCCUGCGCCAAUUCCUCCAGGCUCCGCCUGCCGCACCCACUUUCUCGGGUACCGUGGGCUACAUGCUGCUGCUGGUGGUCUGCCUGGGGCUGGUCAUCAGGAAGUUCCUAAACAGCUCCGAAUUCUGCAGUAAAAAGUCCUGCCAUGGGGACAAAUGGUGAAAGAUUGGAUUGGAACAAAAAGUGGCAGAAAGCUGUUUAUCAGAAGGUUCCCAUUUCCUGUAAUGAGAGAAUAUUGACUGAGAACUUAGAGUUUCCAGUAUGGGAUGUAAAGAGCUUGGAAGUUGUCAUUCCAUCCUACCAAGUAAAAAGCUGAACUGAAAAAUCAACAACUCUUCCUGGGUUCGUCAGAGACACAGAGUCACAGAGCAAACUGCUGCCCCCAAAACUGGAGAGACAAACAGGUAGAUACAGAGAAUCACAGCUUAGCAGAGCCAGAACCCACAAACAGAAAUUUCUGCAGGAACCAGUACCAAGUUCUUUUUUUUCCUGUACA